AUGACCCAACGAUUAAUAAGAGAAGUUAUCGAUGUUACUAAGGCAUGCGAGGUGCCUAUCGAUUACGACCUGGUCGACAAGCUGAUCAACAAGAUCCUGGCUAUGCACCCCAUCGGCAGCAGCAUGCAAAACGACUUCGAAGCCGGUCGGCCGAUGGAAGUGGAUAUUAUCCUCGGUUACCCCUACCGAAAGGGCAAGGAACUAGGGAUAGCUAAGUCGACCCACCCCCUUUUAGCCACCCCCCCCUUUUAG